AGAUUUACCACAUUAAAAAUCUAAAAGGUUAGAUUUACAAAAUGGAAAUCAUGUGGUGUAAUAUCCCACAGCUUAAGCGCCAUGUGGAUUUCAAGCUCAGUGGUGCAGCACAAAUGUGAUCUCUUUAUUCCUAGGAUCAGCUGUGUGAUCACACUCUCCCCCCCUCUACCUCUUUCUUCUUCUAGCUUCCUUAUUCAGGCUUUUUCUCUUUUCACCUGCGCAGUCAGACUCAGGCUCAGUGCUCCUCCCUUAUUUACACAAAUCGCCUUGAUUCCUUUCCACCUGUCCUCUUUUAGCUGCACGCUGACGCUCUGUGCUGUUAGAGCUACACUCAUUCUUCUGCGCCAGCCUCAGAGAGCAGCCUCAGGCUCUUAUUUAGUGCUGGAGAGGGUCACAUGACUACAAAAUGGUGGAGGCUGUCGGUGGGUGAGCCGAGCAUCUCUGUAGCUGCACAGAAGAGCGGAGAGAAACGCAGAAACCUCUCACACACACUCAUGAUCUCUGAAACCUGGAGCAGGAGCAAGGGAGAUUGAAAGGAAAGGAGAAGUGUGUAUCAGCAGUGAUCCCCCUCUGCCCUGCCCCCCGGUGAUGAGGGGAUGGAGCAGCCUCCUGAACACAAGAUGAGCUCUGAGGGGGCAGAAGGCCGACCAGCUCCUCCCACUACUCUGCCACUGAAAGGUGAUGGAGGCGGAUCUCAACGGAAAAAGCUCUCAGCCCCUCGGAUCAGCCUCUCGCUGGAUCAAAGUGAAGACGACCUGUUCGACACGCCUGAUGACCUGGACAUUAAUGUGGACGAUUUGGACACACCUGACGAAGCUGACGUCCUGGACUACACUGAUCACGAGUUGGACUGGGAAGAGCCCCAGGAAUCCCAGAGAGGUCCAGUGAAGGAGGAGACUGAACCCAUCCCUACAUACAGCGCCGAGGAGGAGAGACAGGACUCCAAACUCUGGAGGACUGUCAUCAUCGGGGAACAGGAGCACCGCAUCAAUAUGAAGUGCAUUGAACCCUACCAAAAAGUCAUCUCCCAUGGAGGCUACUAUGGAAAUGGUGCGAAUGCCAUUAUUGUGUUUGCUGCUUGCUUCCUUCCGGACAGCGAUAGUGAGGACUACCAUGAAAUAAUGGAGAACCUCUUUCUGUAUGUGAUCAGCACGUUGGAGCUGAUGGUAGCAGAGGACUACAUGAUCGUCUACCUGAAUGGGGCCACUCCUCACAGGAGGACGCCUGGCCUCGGCUGGCUGAAGAGGUGCUACCAGAUGAUCGACAGGAGGCUUCGAAAGAACCUGAAAUCCUUUAUUAUUGUUCAUCCUUCCUGGUUUAUCAGGACUAUCCUAGCCAUCACCAGACCCUUUAUUAGCUCAAAGUUCAGCAGUAAGAUUAAGUAUGUGAACAGUUUAGCAGAGCUGGAAGAGCUCAUCCCUAUGGAGUAUGUCCAUAUUCCUGAGUGCAUCAUCAAAACAUGUCGAGAUGGGAGGGUGGGCUGUGGGCAAGAAGAUCGAAAAGCUGCACUGAGGAUGCAAAAAAAGAGACUCGAUGAGGAGCUACAGGAAGCAGGAGAGAACUCAAAAAUCAACAGCUUUCUCCAGGGACCUGAUGUACCACAACCUACAGCUCAACCCAGUGCAAGCAGCUCCUAAACCAAUGAAGCAAUGAAGGAAUGCAUGGCCAGUGUGUGUAUAAUAAGAGAUCAUGGGAAUAUUUGAAAGCUGUAUUCUACACACUCAAUAUCCACUGCCCAAACACACUUCCUCACACACAUCAGCUCAUUAGAAAGCUCAUUAGAAUGUACUACUGUUCUCAUGAAUUGGUUUCCAGCAUAGACCAGUUACAGCCAUGCAUCAUCUCUCAGACAGGCUAGAGAUUUCAGAAAUCACUUUUAUCUUUACAGCUUCUCGCAAUAUGCCUUCCUUUUCUUUACCUUUAGAUAUGCAUGAGAAGCAAUAAUAUCAUGUUGGACAUCUCACUCCAUACAUACACAAAAUCAUGUAGCCUUCAUAAAAUAAAAACAACACCUCAUCCUCAGUAUUUUCACUCAGUUUUGCUUUGAGAUCAUGAAGUUCUCCAUUGGAUUUAUUUUUAAGCAUACAUGCUUAAAUAGUCUCUUACCUCGUUGUAGAAAUUGAUGGUAUGAACUGCAAAAAAGAUAAUUAUGAAUACCAUGAGAUUACACAUCAGCACUUGUUAAGCCAAGUGCAAACCAGCAAACUUUUAUUUCCAACCUCAGGGGUGGACAAAUCUUACACUUAUUAACUAGCAGACCAGACAGCAGACAAGUAAGUCCUAGUGACCUGCCCAGUCUUAUGUUUUCAGAAAUGUUUAUCCAGGAAUCUAUCUGGCUAGGCUAAAAAAAUGUUAGCUAAAACAUAUGGCAAGCUAGUUAGUUAGCUAAGUGUAGUAAUACAGAAUAAGGGCAGAAACAUAUCCUGUUAAUCUGCAUGAAGGCAUACGCUUUGCAAUGCAAGCUCAAGCUGCGUUAUGAGCGUUGCAGCAAGGGGGCGCUAUAGUCAGUUAAUAGUAGAGGCUAGUUUCUACCUGUCAGCUGUCAUGGCAGACCGGCAGUUUGAGUCUGUCAGUUUGAGAGCUUUUUAGUUCAUAUAAACCUAAAUAUGAUAUGAAAAAAAAAAUUUUAAUUCUGAUUGAACAGCAAAUUAAAAAUGCCUGACAAGAAAUUGCGAGUUCUGACAAAGAAGCCAUCAAGAGAAAAUGGAAACAACUUCGGGACAGAUUUGUCCGCGCCAUGAAAAUGGUGGAAGGAUGUCCAUAUGUGUAUUACUGAGCCCAUGAUACUCAGCUCAGCUUUCAUGAUAAACAUGUAUAUGGUACGUCAUCGGCUCUGUACUCCAACUGAAUUUAAAAUGCCUGACAGGAAAUUGCAAGAAAUUGUCAAGAGAAUAUGGAAACAACUUCGGGACUUCUUGUAAAAGAUGAAAGGAUGUCCAUACUGCCUCGCACCUCCGGGGUUGGGGGUUCAAGUCCCGCCUCUACCCUGUGUGCAGAGCUUGCAUGUUCUCCCCAUGCUUCGGAGGUUUCCUCUGGGUACUCUGGUUUCCUCUCUAGUCCAAAGACAUGCAUUGUAGGCUGAUUGGCAUUUCCAAAUUGUCUGUAGUGUGUGUGUGCGAUUGUGCCCUGUGAUGGCUUGUCACCCUGUCCAGGGUGUCCCCCGCCUUGUGCCCCGAGUCCCCUGGGGUAGGCUCCAGGCUCCCCGCGAUCCUGUGUAGGAUAAGCGGAAGAUGAAUGGAUAGAUGGAAUGGAUGUCCAUAGCUGAAAUCUGGCUGUCUGGCUAUUCUGGUAAUGUCUGUACUUUCAUGAUCCAGUAAAAGUUACUAGAGGCAUUUUAAAUACUCUCUCUGUCACCCUCUUGAGUACUGAGCUUUAUAACCACCACAGUACCGUAAGAACAGACGAUGAGUAUAUAAACAGGAAUAUAAACAGUUAGUAAAGAUUUGGAUGGGUGUUGUCAUUUACGUUCAUGUAGUGUUUGUUUUGGCCCUAAAAGGGAAACGAAUGAGUGUAUGAUGAUAAUCCUCUUCUAACAAUGUUUUCAAUGGUGUGUUUUUUGCCAUCGACAAAAACUCAGCAAGUUGUCGGACAAGGUUUCAGGUAUGCGAUGUCCUUGCUGUGCAGGUAAAAAUAUUUAUGGAAUCUGGCUAGUGUUUUUGUUUCUUCUCAAUAUGCUUAACCGGGUUUUGUCAGCACGAGUUAUACAAAGGCUUUGCACUGCACUUUAUUUUGUUUGGUUAUAACAGUGUUUCUGAUUCUGAAAAAAAAGUUGUUAUUUGUGUAUGCUAAUUAAUGCGCCUAGUAAAAAACCGGUCUACCUUCAGCUAGAUGGUGUGAGGGCUGAUGUGUGUAGUGCAGCAGGUUGGUGGGAUUCAGAAUAAGUAGCUUGCGCUAUAGUUCAAAGCGCAUCAAGUUUAAACACACACACACAAAAUGAAAACUUUUGUUUUGCCAAAGUCAAUAAGGAAUGUUUUUUUUUUCUUUUGCUCCUUGUUUAACCUACUUGUCUGAUGAGGAACUACAAAUGAAAAAUGAAUAAUCUGGAUAUGAAAUCUGCUUGUCCUGGAUGUCCGGGUUACAGAUUUGUCCACCCCUGUAACCUCGUCUUAUGCCUGUAGUGGUUUAAUCUUAAAAAAAAAAACAGCCAAAACUCAAAAGUGAGUUUUGAAAACCUCAGUGUCUCUGUGUAUGUUCAGUCGCAGUGUUUGCCAUGUGGAAUAUAUACAACAAUCAAAUUAGCUGAGUAAAUCCAGACAGCAUGCAGAUUCAGAUUCCUAACACGUCUAUUGAUGUAGCUCCUGUGUCUACAUACUGUAUGAACACCUCGUUGUACGUGAGUGUGAAUGUGUGUGAGUUGUUUGUAGGUGUGAUUGUGUUUCGGUUCUGCAUUUGUGUGCCAUUAGGUCUCUCAGGUUGCUCUAAACAGGAAAUGACCUCAUAGGCGGACGAAAGACAAUACAACUGCAAAGCACAAUAUCCACAUCUUUGUGGUGUGUGUAUGUGUGUGUGGGUGUAGGCAUGUCACUGCAUGUCUCAUAGUUGUUAAUAUAUUAAAAAUGUGGUCCCUUGGAAUAAAGCUAACAAAAUAUAUUGGAUAGACCCAGAGGCCUUGUAAAAUAAUGCAGACUACAUCAAUAAAUUUACCUCUAAACUAA